GUAGUCAGCAAUUACUAUUAAGUUAGUGGGCGGUUGGGCGGUCAGCAAAUGUCUUGAAAAGCUUUCUAGAGUCUUCAUUCUUUCUAGAGUCGUUGGUCGUUGCUGUCCGAAGCGGUUUGUGGGUCUGCAUGGCUCUUAUUCUCUUUUGCUCGUUCUCGGUCACCAAUUUGCUCUCAUUAUUUUCUUGCUUGUGUUCUCAGCUGUUCAGCAAAUAUAACUUGAGAAAGUUUCUUUUGGUUUUGAAGUGCUUUACUAUUCAGCAAACUUAGACCGUGAGCUCAAUCUCUUUUUGGCUCUAAUUUUUCUUCUUAGUUUUCUUUCGCAGCUUCGGAAAUAACUUGAGAAAGUUUCUUUUGGUUUUAAAGUACUUCACUGUUUGAUUGGCUUCGCUGGAAAUUCAUUUUUGUUGCUGUGGUUCUUUUGUAUGGUUCAUUUUAGACGUUUGUUUGGUUUCCGCUUGAGCUGUGUAUAAUAUGCUUUGAGAAUGGGUCGAAAUAGAGUAUAUGGAAGUUUAGAAGAGGCUCGUGCUGAGAAAAAUCGAAGGAGCCGCGAGCAACGUGCUGCUGCUCGGCGUGGGACAAAGAAUGAUGCGCCAUUAGGAGUGUGUACAUUAGCUGUCAUGGCUUUUAAUAUACAUGACCCAAAUGCUGUGAAUCAGCCAAAUAUGGGCGUCGUUGAAUCUUCAUUAGGUUCGGGCUCAGUAUUGCCAUUUGCAGAGAACAAUGCAGAGCACCUUCGAGCUGAAAAUCAAGGAGAUGUAUCUAGGUCUGCUGGUAAUGGUGCUAGCGAGGUUCCAACAACUAAUUCAGAUGCGGGUGAAUCAUCUUUGCAUAGGCGACGUCGGCGUACAAGACGCUCUGUGACUAAUCCAUUGACCACAAUAAUUACAGAGCCUGCAGUAUUGCUCAAUAAUGUAGAGCAAUUUCCAACCGUAUGUUUGUGCUUAUUUUGAGCAUCUUUCAUGCAAUAAGAUUGUUGUUUAGACCCCUUGCAAUAAAUGUUAGACUACUUAUAUUACCGGCUAGACUAACCAGUGGGUGAGAUAUUAGUUUUUGUCUAUUAUAAGUCAGAUUGACUGACUUA